CAACUGACCAUGCUGGCACCUUGAUCUUAGACUUCCCAGCCCUGAGAACUUUAUAGAUGAAGCAACUUGCAAAACAUUCCUGAAAUACAAAGCAAGAAUAAUAAUAUUUAAAUAUAAAUUGCUAUACCUCUUUAUCCAUCAAAGUGGCUUCAUUCCACUCUCUCUUUUCUGUGCUUAUAUCUUGCAUCAAGUAUUGGAUAAACCAAAGUGUGUAAGAAGAAAUAAGUGAUUUUCAUAGUUAUUAUCUUUGCAAUGGGAGUGCUAAGGUUCAAGCAUAGCUUUGCUGGGCCCAGUGGAGCAUGCCAGGCAGUGUUCAUCUUCCUUUUAACUCCAUGUUGCUUGACUCUGGAUUUCAGAGCACCUCCCCUUAUCCCAAAUACUCCUUUCCUCUGGGCCUGGAAUGCCCCAACUGAAACUUGUGCUGGAAAGUUUAAUGUGUCGGUAGAUCUGAGCCUCUUUUCUUUAGUAGGAAGCCCCCAAAGAAAUGCCACAGGACAAAAUAUUACAUUAUUUUAUGCUGAUAGACUUGGCUACUAUCCUCAUAUAAAUACAAAGACAGGCACAAGUGUGAAUGGAGGAAUCCCUCAGUUGGGAUCCUUAAAAAAGCAUUUGGACAAAGUUAAGGGAGACAUUGCUUAUUACAUGCCAACAGACAAUGUGGGCUUGGCUGUCAUUGACUGGGAAGAAUGGAGGCCUACCUGGGUGAGAAACUGGAAAUCUAAAGAAGUUUACAAGCGUCAGUCUAUUUUGUUGGUUCAGCAGCAAAAUUUACGACUUAACAUCACAGAAGCCACCAACAUAGCCAAAGAAGAUUUCGAAAAGGCAGCAAAGAGUUUCAUGCGAGAGACUUUAAAACUGGGAAAAUCACUUAAGCCAAAUCACUUAUGGGGUUAUUACCUUUUUCCUGAUUGUUACAAUCACCGUUAUAAAAAACCCAAUUACGAUGGAAGUUGCUAUGACAUAGAAAAGAGCAGAAAUGAUGAGCUCAAAUGGUUGUGGAAGGAAAGCACUGCCCUUUUUCCAUCCAUUUACUUGAAUAGCCACUUAAAGUCUUCUCCACAAGCUGCACUCUUUGUCAGAAAUCGUGUUCAGGAAGCCAUUCGGAUUUCUAAAUUACCCAAUGCUAAAAGUCCACUUCCAGUCUUCGUAUAUGCACGUCCAAUUUUUUCUGAUAUGUCUUUGGAAUACAUUUCUCAGGAUGACCUUGUGAAUACAAUUGGUGAAAAUAUUGCUCUAGGUGUCUCUGGAACUAUAAUAUGGGGAAGCCUCAAUUUAAGCCUAAGUGAGCAAUCUUGCACAAACCUAGGCAAUUACGUGAAGACAACACUGAAUCCUUACAUAAUCAACGUCACCCUAGCAGCCAAAAUGUGUAGCCAAGUGCUUUGCCAGGAGCAAGGAGUGUGUAUAAGGAAACACUGGAAUUCAAGUGACUAUCUUCAUCUGAACCCAAAGAAUUUUGCUAUUCAAAUUGGGAAAAAUGGAAAAUACACAGUACAUGGGAAACCCACACUCAAAGACCUGCAGCAAUUUUCCAAAAAAUUUUGCUGCAGCUGUUAUGCCAACGUCCGUUGUAAAGAGAGAGUUAAUAUGAAAAACAUUGCUUCUGUCAAUGUAUGUAUUACUAAAGAUGUUUGUAUAGAUGGCUUUUUAAACUCACAACGCAGUGGUCAUCCUUCUCACUUUGAUAGAGAUAGACCUUCUAUCGCCUUUCUCAGUAUCUCAACCUCCUCACCACCUGCCACAGCGUCUCCAUGUGUACCUGAGGAAGAUCUCGGUGCAUGUCCUGACGCCAAGUGUUCAGUGCCAGCCCAAAAGGGCUGUCAGAGUGUUAACCGGAAAAACACCUCUGGUGGUACAGAUAUUCAAAACAAGGAAAUUGAUACAACCCCUUCGAGUACAAGUGCAGUGCUUAUUAAGUUUCCUGUCUACAUACUUUAUGUUUUGAUAUCUUUUACAUUUUUAUAUUUAAUAACUUAG